AUAAGAAUUUAAAUGUGCAUUAUUAUUUCCUUAACCUUAAUUUUAUUUGUUAUUUACUGUUUUUAAAAAGUUCAACAACCAUUAGCACAGGUAUACUUCAGUAUUAAAAAUUUGGUAAAUGCAAAGGUCAAUAUUUUAAUGAGAAAUUUACACCUACAUUUACGUAUAAGUACUUGAAAACUGGUAAAAAUGGUCAAUCCAACUGAAAAUGAAUCUGAAGAACGAAGAUAUCACAGGCAAAAAGAAGAUAUUUGUAAUAUCUUAUUUGAAAUGUUCCUAGUUUUACGCUUCUGUUUCGAUUUGCUCAUUGACAAAAUAUUUGGAUUUUGCUACAAAUUAGACAAAAUAACGAAAAUAGUAACCAAAGUCUCCAAUCCUAUUGUACUAGAAAGUGCUACAACUCUAGCCAGAAAAAUUCAAAAACGAGAGCUCACAUCUGAGGAAAUUGUUCAGGCAUUCAUUGACAGAAUCAAAGAGGUCAACACCAUUACAAAUUCUAUUGUCGAUGAACGGUUUGAAGAAGCUUUGAAAGAAGCUAAACAAAUUGAUUUAGAUAUCGCUUCAGGCACUAUUUUAGAAGUGGAUUUUAGAGAAAAACCUUUUCUAGGUAUUCCAUUUACAACCAAAGAAUCUGUAGCUUGCAAAGACCUAGCUUUUACUUUUGGCUUGAAAAAACGCAAAGGUCGUAAGGCAACUUUCGACGCAGAUUGUGUAGAACUAUUAAAAAAAGCUGGAGGUAUUCUUUUGGGGGUAUCUAACAUACCUCAGUUGAAUUUAUGGCAAGAAACACACAAUCCGGUGUAUGGAAUUACAAACAACCCUUAUGAUUCUUCCAGAAAUGUUGGAGGCUCUUCAGGGGGUGAAUCUAGUAUUAUAGCAGCUUGUGGGUCACCUUUGGGCAUCGGUACAGAUAUCGGCGGAUCUCUGAGAAUACCUUCCUUCAUGUGUGGAAUUUUUGGACACAAAACAACAUGCAAUGUAGUUCCAAUUAAAGGCUUGACAUUCCGUACAGGGUUGGAAAAAGACACAAUGGUUGUGGCAGGUCCUAUGGUGAAAUACGCAGAAGAUCUGAUUCCAUUUCUCAAAGUACUGGCUGGUACUAAUGUGGAGAAGUUACACCUUGAUAAACCAGUACCUGUACAAAAAUUAAAAGUGUAUUAUGUUACUAAUCCUAAAGAUCCCUUCAUUAGUCCCUUUAGAGAUGAAAUGAAGUUAAUUUUUAAAAGGACAGUGAAUCAUUUUAAAGAAAUUUGUGAUAUAAAACCAGAAGGAUUACACUUUGAGGAUUUAAAGUAUACAACAAAACUGUGGAAAUAUUGGAUGAGCCAGGAAGGCUCCAAUUUUAAAAAUGAUAUUAAUGACAGGCAAGGAGAAGUAAAUGUGAUUUGGGAAGCUCUAAAACACUUCACUUUCGGAGGUGACUACACUACAGCGACAAUAUUCAACCUGAUCAACAGUUUAAUGAAAAAAGUUGAUGAAAAAUGGGCAAUAGAAACAACAAACACUUUAAAAGAGGCUCUCCUGACUAAAUUAGAUGAAAACAGUGUCCUUAUAUAUCCAUCAGCUCCCUUUCCAGCAAGCUACCACCAUACCGCUUUAUUGAGACCGUAUAACUUUAAUCUGUUUGCUAUAUGGAACGUACUGAAAUUUCCGGUUACCCAGGUUCCUAUGGGGCUUGGAAAAGAGGGCCUGCCUUUGGGAAUUCAAGUAGUGGCGGCCCCAUAUCAAGAUAGACUAUGUAUUGCAGUUGCGAAAGAGCUUGAACGACAGUUUGGUGGUUAUGUGGUCCCUGUACCUGUAUAAAUAAUGUUUUUUUAUAAGCUUUUUUACUUUUUUAUGAUGAAUUCUACAUGUUUCCGUUGAAAGCGGUGAAGGUUAAUAAGUAUUUAUAUAUAAUUUUUUAAAUAAAGUAAAAAUAUCGAGCGAAAAAUAACAGCAACUUGAACAUUUUUCAAAUUUCA